UAUCGAUGUGAACAAGCGUUAGGCAGAUAUCGAUACUUCUGUUGGCAUUAAAGAGCAAUCGAUUCUACGGUCAUACUAAGCCAGUACGCUAUAAAUGUCAAAAUUUUUCUUUCUUUUUACAAUUUUCAUAUGCGACUAGCAUUGCAAGUUUUCCGCAGCCGAAAAGUGAACAAGUGAAAAAGUGUGAAGUGCAUACCAGCUGGGCAAGCGCAGCGGAAGCGGUAGCGAAGACGCAUGUCGCUGUCUCCCGAGGACGCCGAUUUGUCCACCAGAUCUGCACACGAAUCCGCAUUCCGAGUCGGAAGCAAUGGGUCGCCAGUCGGAGUAGACGGUUCGCCAGUAGGCCAGCGCGUCCCUCAUGCGGACUCACAUUGCAACACGAUCCCAAGUCGGAAGAACACACUAGUAACGCCAAAAAGGUCGGAAGAAGCAGCAGACAACGCCGCAGCGGCACAACUCCCUUUGGUGGAGAAUCGAGGACUCACGCCAUUGUCGUCAUCGCGCGUUAAUUCGCUUGGACCGCACUUAUUACCAGCUGAGCCGGCAUCCGCCACUUCGACCAUCAAUGCGUACACCUGGCCUCCAUCUUUCCUGCUCCAGCGCCAGAAUUACCCGCCAGUGUUGCCGCGCUGUGUUGCAGGUCCGAAUCAGCGUUACUCUCCAGCUGAAUCGCCAUUACCUCGUCUCCAGGAGCUGCAAAACUCUCAAUUGACCGAUUCGCCGCAGAGACUGCGAUUUCCUUUCCCCUUGCUAGGCAACUCUGAUGGACCUAUCUUCACGCCGAACUCCAAUCGUAGAGUCGGUUCACUGAUUGACUUUGAGCAAAACCACCAGCUCACGUAUCAGACCCAGCAGGGCAGCCAGCAGCUAGCAUCGGUCAAUCAUCAACAAAACGUUCAACUCGUAUCAAACCGUCAGCCGCUAUCCUAUGCGGUCCAUAACCAAAAACACCCGAAUGUAACCCAGAUUCAUGAGCAUUAUCACCAGUCUAUAGCUGAGGCCCGGGACGAAACCCACCAGGUUGUUCUCGGAAUUCAAGUCAAAAAUACCCAGGUGCAAGACCAACACACUGUUACACUGGUUAAGAAACAAAACAACCACAUAGAAACCGAGACCGAACCGAAUACCCAUGAGCUAGAUCAGAUACUUAAAAAUGAGAUCCUGGAACAGAAUCACCAGAUUGUAACUGAGGCUGAGAAGCAAAAUCGGACUAUAACCAAGAUCCAGGAGGAAACCCAGAUUGUCCCCCAAGCCCAAGAGAAAAAUCUCCUGUUUGCAUCUGAGAUUCAGGAGCAAGACCAACAGAACGUAACCGAGAUACAAAGCCCCCAAAUUGUAAUUGAUAUCCAGGAUGAAAAUCUAAAGUUCGCAUCUGAUAAUCAGAAGCAAGAUCAGAGGACUAUAUACGAAAUCCAGGAGAAAAAGCAAACGAUUGUAAGCGAAUUCUCGGAUAUCAGGGAACACGACCAGCAAACAGCCGAGAUCCAGAAGGAAAAUCUUCAGUUUGCAACUGAAAUCGAGGAGCAAGAUUUGCAGAUCGUUACUGAGAUUCAGCAACAAAAUCAUAAGGAUGUAACCGAGGUCCAGGAGGAAAGUUUCCAGUUUACUUUUGAUACACAGAACCCAGAUCAGUCGACUGUAUUUAUUGAAAUACAGGAGGAAAAUCCGCAGUUCGCAUCGGAUAAUCAGGAGCAGGACCUGCAGACUAUAACCCAAAUCCAGGACGAGCAUCUCCAAUUCGCAACAUAUAUCCAGGAGCACAACGAGCAGAUAUCACCGGAAGACCAACAGGAGGAUGAACUGGAAGAGCCACAGAACCUGAUUGUUAUCAAAGAGCAAUGUGCGCAGCUUGCAUCUGAUUCCGAAGAGAACAACCAAAAGCUGACAUCUCAGUUUCAAGAGAUCGACCAACAGCUUAAUUUCGAGCUCCAGCUGCAAAAUCAGCUGGGUGUGCUAGAGAUCCCGAAGCAAAACCACCAAUUCGCAUCUGGGGUCCAAGAAGAAAACUUGCAGCCAUCGUCUGUAUACCAGCAGGAAGGUCAGAGACUAGCAGCUCAUAUCCAAGAGAAACAGUAUUGUCAGCAGGAGCCGAACAUCCAAUCGAACCAGGUUUAUUCUGAGAUCCAGGAUAGCCAAACUGAGGUCGAAUCAGCAAACGAGAUAAACAAAGUCCAACGGGCUGGUGAACUGCAACAUCACACAGAGCCUACUGAAGGCCGCCAGCAUCAGUACUUGGCUCCUGUGAACGAGGCACCAUUGCCGCCCGCUGAAGCUCGACCACCACCUACUCCAGAAUACUCUGAUAUAUCAGAACCCGCUUCACCUGGGCAUGGUGAGGUGAUAGAUCCGCGCACCGAGUGUAUUCGCAAAACCUUCAAACUCAUUCGCGAGAUUAACGAUAGUUUGAUCGCCAAUCCAGAGCAACCCCAAGCCCGAACCCACCGCCUGUCCAUUUUGCUUCUGCACCAGAAGCUGGCCGAUAUAUGCCAUAAGAUUCUAAGCGAAGCUAUAUACGGCCAGGCCAGCGAGCAGAGCAUAUCCCUGCUCAGAGAGAUCUUCGUGUGCAACGAAGUCGAAGAUCGACGCUCCACGAAGCAAAGAAUCAACAAUCAAGAAAUUUCAAUGGGCUUAGAAAUAUUGAAAAGGCUCCGUGACUUGUUAUCCGGUUGGUAUAAUUCCAAAGAAAGUGAAUCUGACACCGGCGAGAACGGAACGGGACUCGAGGCUCGAAGCAGAAAAGGUCGUGGAGCCGAUCGCCAGCCGGAAACCAGUUAUUUGCCCCGGAAAAGACGCACCCAGGAAGAGAACCCUCGUCUGAUCAAGUAUCGGCGUGUGGACAACAGCUUUCCCCGCUAUAUAACGAAUGAGACUGCUGAGGACCUGAUUCCCAACAAGUCAAUGGCCGAGCGGGAUCAGCCACAGAGCUCAAGGCGGCUCUCAAUAUUUAAUUCGCCGGUGUACACGCAGCACCGGGUGCGUAAUGAAGCCCCCUACAUACCAACCCCAUUUGACCUCUCAGACGAUGAGGAGCCGUCACAGACAUUUGCCAGCGCCGGGCCAUCAAGCAGGACCAUGACUUACUCGGAUGCGGUGCGUCUAUCACAGAAUGGCUUCGGCGAGUCCCGUGUAAAUGGGCACUCCAGCAAUACGAUGCGCAGAGCACCGGCUCAGGUGGAGAAAAGCAUUCUGACCCACGAGAUGGAGCGCAUGGAGCAUGAGCAGUAUAGUAACCUUAUCCAUACCGUAGCGCACAGCAAUUCCGUGGGCCGUCACUUCGUCAAGUCGGGUGCCCCGCCGCCACUUCAUCGUAUUGACCCCCAGCCGGCAACCUGGAGCUCCGUACUGCGUGGCAACCAAUCUCAUAUAACCAAGUCGCCGUCACCAAGACAGGCGAACCGUGAGCUAACGGAGUACGCCAAAUUGAUCGACCGCAAGGCGAAGCAGGAGAACAGGACUCCUGCAUCACCGCAGCUAGCGAAAAGCCCUAGCAAUAGCGUCGCCAGCCAUGCAUCCACUAUUUCCAGCAGCGGAUCCUCUUCCAGCGGUUCCUCUUGUUCAACUUGCUCGUCUUCAGACUCUGAGGAUCAGACUACUUCCGCUACUGAUGGCUCGGAGGACAAGAAAGCCAAGGAAAGCAACAAAAGUGUUGCACCACAGCCGUUAGACACCAAACCUACCAGACUGCCCUUGACAGGUUCCUUGCACCGUCGUUUUGCCAACAGCACCUUCCUUAAGAAGGACUUCGCGGAGCAAUUUAAAGCAAGAGCGGCGCUACGUGAAGAGGAAACCAAACAUUUUCUUGGAAUAGCAGAACAGCAGGCUAUUCAAAACAGAAAUGAACGCCGUGGCUAUGAACAAAAACUGCGGGAAACCAUAUUCAAUUAUCGCAUCCCCCACAAGCCCAUUUUCAUCCUCGGGUCCCCGGACAGAAAAGAUGACAAAGUGACCAAGCUCAUUCCGCUAACAAAGGAGCACGACGAUCGCUAUUACGAAAUGAUGAACAAAAACCCUUCGACGGAGCUCGUUUUUAAAUUUAACCUUCACAUAACUGUCAAAGACAUACGCACUCUUAUUGAUGGAGAAUGGCUUAACGACGAGGUCAUCAACUUCUACAUGUCCUUGCUGACAGAACGCUCGGAGAAGCGAGCUGGCGAACUGCCCGCCACUUACGCCAUGAACACAUUCUUCGUGCCACGCCUCCUACAGGCUGGACAUGCGGGCGUUAAGCGCUGGACUCGCAAAGUGGACUUAUUCAGCAAGGACAUAAUCCCUGUGCCAGUGCACUGCAACGGAGUACACUGGUGCAUGGCCAUCAUUCACUUGCGCAACAAGACCAUCCGUUAUUAUGACUCCAUGGGAAAGCCGAACCAACCAGUGCUGGACGCUCUAGAGAAAUACUUGCGCGAAGAGUCACUAGAUAAGCGCAAGAAGCCGUUUGACACCAGCAGUUUCGUGAUUGAGAGCAUGCAGAAAAUACCACAACAAUUGAAUGGUAGCGACUGCGGGGUCUUCAGCUGCAUGUUCGCCGAGUAUAUAACGCGUGAUGUAUCGAUCACCUUCUCCCAGUCGGAGAUGAUUUACUUCCGCAAGAAGAUGGCUCUGGAGAUCGCCGACGGAGAGAUGUGGCAGUAGGCAUCCAAUCACACUCCCUCUCAUUCAAGUUCAGCUAAAAAGAUUUCUUUUUAUAUUAUUAGAAAUCUAACAAAACACUCCAAGCAUGAAUUCGCAAAAUUUACUUAGCCAUCUAACGAUCUCUUAAGCGAUUGAAUCGAGAUGGCUAAGAUAUGCUGGUGCAUAAACUUGUUCUCACAUCUGAAUGUAACAGAGAAACUAGUUAUUCAAUAAAAUGCUACCAAGUAAAAUCAAUGCGAAUAAGGAUGUAUUAAUCGCCGAAUAUCUGAGUUUACAAUUAAUAUUUAAAAAGAGCAAAGCAGAGCAUAUGCACUUGUAAUGUCCAAUUCAAUAUUUUUAAUAUACUAUUCAUAACUCUAAACUAGGAAUUACUCGAUAUAAUCUUUUUCUUACAUUGUCUUAUGUUUUCUACAAACUUUUUAAUAUUGUUUAUCAUUUAGAUGAGAAGAUCAAAGUCGCUGAUAAAUGAAUACAUACUAAUACUCCAUUUUUUUUAAAUUUACACAUUUUUGCUUUUUUGUAAGAAAAGGUCG